AUCAUCAAAUCUUUAGGUCCCUUCCGAGGUUCCGUUGCUUCCCUCCAAAUUUCAGAACCAGGUCGAGACCUCAUCUUCUUCAACUUCCCUCCGACACGGCCCAUGAAGAUGUCCGUGCCGGUCCGGACGCCGCGGUGGGUCUCCCCGAGGCGGGCCUUCGAGCAGCAGCUGUCGGACCUCCACCGGUGCACCAACCUCAGCCACAUCAAGCAGGUGCACGCCCAGAUCCUCAAGGCCAGCCUCCACCGGGACGUCGACGUCGCCGCCAAGCUCGUCGCCGCCUUCUCCCUCUGCCGCCACGUGGCGCUCGCCGUCAGCGUCUUCGACCAGAUCCCGGACCCCACCGCCCACCUGUACAACAUCCUCAUCCGGGCCUACGCCCGGGACUCGCAGGCCUCCCGGGCCUUCGCGACUUUCUUCCAGAUGCAGCGCAACGGGGUCUUCCCGGACAAUUACACGUACCCUUAUCUUCUCAGGGCGUGCUGCUGCGGCGGCGGCGGCGGCGGCCGGAGUAGCUUGCCGCUGGUGGAAAUGAUACAUGCCCACGUCGAGAAGUUCGGGUUUUGCGCGGAUAUCUUCGUGCCGAAUUCGCUGAUCGAUACUUACUGCAAGUGUGGUUCGUCGGGCGUUGGAGCAGCUAGGAAGUUGUUUGAUUCGAUGGCGGUGCGGGACACGGUGUCCUGGAAUACUGUGAUCAAUGGGCUGGCGAAGGCGGGGCAGCUGCCAGAAGCUCGCCAGCUGUUCGAUAAAAUGCCAGAGAGAGACACGAUUAGUUGGAACAUUCUGUUGGAUGGGUACGCAAAGGCUGGAGAAAUGAAUGCUGCGUUUGAAUUGUUCGGGGAAAUGCCACGGCGGAACGUCGUGUCGUGGUCGACUAUGAUUUCUGGUUAUAGUGAAGCUGGGGAGAUGGAUAUGGCCAGAGUUCUUUUUGACAAGAUGCCUGCGAAGAACUUGGUGCCAUGGACUAUAAUUAUAUCGGGAUAUGCCAAGAAGGGGAUGGCCAAGGAGGCCAGUCAGUUGUAUGAUCAAAUGGAGGAGUCUGGAUUAGUGCCUGAUGAUGGAACUCUUAUUAGCAUAUUGGCUGCUUCUGCAGAGUCUGGUCUGCUUAGACUGGGUAUGAAAGUUCAUGCCUGGGUUGAGAAGACUAAAGUCAAUUGUAGCACUCUGGUCACCAAUGCACUGAUUGAUAUGUACGCAAAGUGCGGUAGGUUGGAUGAUGCUCUAAGCAUCUUUAAUUUGAUGACCAAGAAAGAUAUUGUGUCGUGGAACAUUAUGAUCCAAGGUUUGGCAAUACAUGGGAAUGGCGAGAAAGCACUCCACCUUUUCUCUAGAAUGGAAGAGGAAGGGUUUGAAUCAGAUGGAGUUACAUUCAUUGGUGUGUUGUGUGCGUGUACCCAUGCCGGUCUUGUUGAUGAAGGCCUAGAUUACUUUCAUGCAAUGGAAAGAGAUUUUAGGAUCAUUCCUCAAGUUGAGCACUAUGGUUGUGUGAUUGAUCUAUUGGGUCGUGGCGGUCGUCUUAAGGAGGCAUUUGCUCUUGUCCAGAGAAUGUCGAUGCAACCAAGUGCCAUCAUAUGGGGUACACUUCUGGGGGCCUGCCGUAUCCAUAACAAUAUGGAUGUGGCCUCAGAGGUGGUUGAUCGUCUAAUUAAACUGGAUACUUCUGAUUCGGGUAAUUUCUCUCUGAUGUCAAAUAUUCACGCUGCAAUGGGUGAUUGGGAAGGUGUUGCUAAUAUAAGGCGGCAAAUGAAGAAGAUAAGCCUCCAGAAACCAUCUGGAGAAAGUUCAGUAGAGUUAGGUGAUGGGGUCCAUGAAUUUACAGUAUUUGAUACAUCACACCCUGAAUCAGAUGGAAUUUAUCAAAUGAUAACGACUUUGGGUUUGGAGCUUGAGUAAGUGAAAGCUAAUCCAAAAGGGUAAUAUAAGAACUUUGCACAGACGUUUCAUUAGUCAAAUCCUGCUCUUACUCAAUGUGACUGGAUGCCUGGAUUUAUCAACACUGAGAUCUUCACAAAAUGAGAAGCAUAUUCAUCCAAGGGCAUGUAACCAUGCUGAUCUCAUAGGUGCAGCAGUUUCAGAGCUUUAGCUAUUGCUUACUCUCUUUGGCUCUUUGUGUGCAUUGGAAGAGGUUAUUGCCGAUGAUGCCUAUCAAUGUUUUCUUCUUGAUGUUCGGAACAAUCCUUUUGUUCUGAGUCCUGAUGGAGUUGAAAGAAGACGCAUAUCAGCAUUGGUUUUUCUCAUACAUGAGAAACCACUACUAAAAUGGCUGUACAUAAGUUGUAGAUAAAUGAGAUAAAUCCAAAUACCUGCAGCUUCCUUCUUUCUGAUUUUACUCUCUCAUACUCUAUCCUCAAUGACUUGUACAUAUUAAUGAAUCUUUAUUUCGAGAAUUAUUUAUCGCUCUGAUCUUUUGUUUUA